AUGAGGGCAGACUUCCAGUCAGCCGUGGAUGACAUCAGGAAAGAGGUACACGAUAUAGGCACACGUAUGGGCACACUGGAAGAACGCACAGACGAGUUAUGCCUUGCCAAUAAUGAAAUAGUGGACAAGAACCACAAGAUGGAGGCAGACAAACAGCACCUGGUGGAAAAAAUGGCAUAUCUGGAAGACCGCAACAACAUCCACAUGUGCGAGGUCCCAGAGACUGUCACAGUAGAUGAGCUACCUGAGUACCUCCAGCAGCUCUUCCUGGCCAUAAAGCCUGAUCUGGACAAAGCGCAAGAUGUCCUAAGGGAUAUCGUUACCAAGCUCCAUUACUGCAGCACAAAAGAUGCCAUAUUAACGGUGCAAAGGAAAGCCGUGACAAUAUCGGCUGAUUAUGCUGCCGUGGCCUUAUAUCAUGACCUAUAA